ACAAAAGUGUGUAAUCAAUCAAAUUAUUAAAGUUAAAACAGAAGCUAGUAAAUAAAUGCACCGGUAAAAAUGGAAGACGUGGAAGACAAAGAGAACAAAAUUGAAAUUGUUUACAAAAAUGAAAGCAAGUUUUUAUUCAUCACCGAUAGAAAACUUGCUAAAAGUAUUUUACAAGAGUAUUAUCCAAAAGGUGGAAUGUUAACCUCUAAAGUUGUCGGUGAAACUCUCAUGCUUGUUUGUGAUGAAGCAUUUAUAUACUUGAAACCAAACAUAAAUAAAUAUGAGUACAAUCUGAAAGAAGACGAUAUGCGUAUUACAGCUGUCAAAAAUCCAAUAAAGGAACCAAGUGGAAGAUUUUUGGAAAUCUUAGAAAAAAUUGGUGGCAGCGUCAAAGACUGUGAUAAUAAGCCCACAACUAAGCACAAAAGGUCAUGAAUAAAAAACAAG